AGUGUAGGCAAGUCAUGUUACCAUGGUUACCAGGCGAUUAGUACAAGAAUAAUGCCUGUACUGAUUUGCUGACCUUGUAUCUGGUGUAUUUCCUCUGUGUUUCCCCUGUUCAGCUUCCCAGAUGGUAGACCUAGAUCUGGUUCGAGUUAAGUUUAUAGAAAGUAUUACAGUGGGUACUUCAGAUCACGUAGCCACUGUAACAGCGGGUACUACUGCAGUGGGCAAGAGUCAUGUUGACCUUCAGACGUAUAUUCUCGCCUAUGAGGAGAUCAGCAAGAUAUUCGCCGUCUUAGGCUCUGUGUUUAAGUUCGUUUCAACAGAUGUGGAGAGGAAGCUAUCAAUACUCCGUUCUAAGCAGCAACAGCAACCUCAACACUACAGCACUCUUAGCUCUAUGAUCAGAUACGAAACUGAGACUAAUUUAACUGCGAGUGAUAAUAAUAACGGGUGUAGGACGCUUCUCAGACUGCACAGAGCCCUCGAGUUCGUGGCGGAGUUCAUUAACGCUCUGAUAGAAAAGAAGGACAGUAGCGUAUCUGGUCCUGUGUGGAAUGCGUACAGUGAAACCUUGGCAAAGCACCACACAUGGAUUAUCCGAAACACAGUAUCCAUGGCAAUGUACACGUUACCUACGCGACAGAAUAUUUUACUUCAAGUUGGGAGAGAGGAGGACCCGGAAUCUUUGACCCCACUCGUUAAAACCAUGAGAGAGGUCUAUGAGAUCGUGCAAAGUGCUUACACACAAUCUGCACUCUUAGACCUCAAAUAAUUCAGGAGCUUAAUAGAUUUUGUUGUGCCGCCUGUAAAUAGAAACAAACUUUAGGGUCACGCCCCUUUAAAACCCAUAAUUUCUUAAUAUUGCUUAUCUAGAUAAUUUCAAGUUGAUAUCGAGAUAAAGUACUUACGUAAAAAUUAGUAGUUUUCCUUCGUUUUCUGGUCAUUUUUAGGUGUAAUUCGCCCAAAACAUAUGAUUUUCUCUAAUUAUUUUCAAAAUAUUUUCAUUAGACUUCAUUAGGAAAUGUUUAACAAGGUCAAGCUAUUAGUAUUUAGCUACAAUAAUUGUUUAACAAGGUCAAGCUAUUAGUAUUUAGCUACAAUAAUUGUUUAACAAGGUCAAGCUAUUAGUAUUCAGCUCACAGCUACAAUAAUUGUUUAACAAGGUGUAGCUAUUAGUAUUCAGCUACAAUAAUUGUUUAACAAGGUGUAGCUAUUAGUAUUCAGCUACAAUAAUUGUUAUGUUUAACAAGGUCAAGCUAUUAGUAUUUAGCUACAAUAAUUGUUUUUCAAGCAC